UUGAUGAAAGGGUUUAAAGGAGGGCAGAUGGAUGUUGAUGCACAUUCACGUGAUCAUGAACUGUAUGUAGUAUAUUGAGAUUGAGGAGUUUGGUAUGUCAGGAACAACUAAGGAAUACCCUACUGAAAAUUGUUUUCAUAGAAUUAGGAAACCAGUGCCACUGUACGAAAACAUAGAAAAGCAAUGAAAAUUAUACAUAUUCCCAGCAUUGUAUCACAUCAGCUUUGUUUGUUACCACGUAAAGGGUUUGUAGUGGCAGCCCUAGGCAGAUAGUUUUAUUAUCGCUGCGUAUAGAUGGCAGGGCAAUGUGAACUAAUCAACACACUGUACGUUACCAACACAACAUAAAGUUACCGAUCUAAGUUGGUAUAAUCUGUGAGAAAAAAGUGUUAGUCUCAGAUGUAGUAAAGAUGGUGUGAUGUUGCACGAGAAGAUUAUCAAAAGAAUUCCCGGUAAUAUACCCAAACCUUCUCCUCGUGAGAGGCAAGGAUACAUUGAAGAUUUGAGCUUAAAAACCAAAUCAGAAUUGCUUGAACUAAUUGAAAGACAGGACAAACUUCUUAUUAAUAAAAGUUUUAUAGGGAAGCUGCCAGACAAGGGUGCAAAAAUAUCCAAAUUCCGAUCUCAGCUAGGAGAGGAACUUUUACACAGAGAUGAAGUUGAAAAAACAUGUGGAUUGUUUUCUGGUUUAAAUAUUGGGAAAGGUAGUGUAUCUGAUGAGAUAGAAUGGACAGGAAAGUAUUCACAUACUCCUCAUGAAAUUCAGUUAUUGGAUAGUGAUGAUGAAAGUGAUGAGGAUAGGAACUCACUCAAAAUACUUGCAACCCAGUCUGGAGUUGGCACAUAUAAAAAAACCCAUAAAAUUGAAGAACCAGAAGAAAGUCUUAUAAAACCUGAAGACUUGAAGGAUUCAGGAUGUUGUUCUACUAGUAGAAUAGAAGGGAGUGAACCAGAGGAAGAUGCUUAUGUGAAGCUAUUGUGUAACAAGCUUGAGAAGCAAAGAGAAAAUAGAAAGGAGCAAUUCAGACCUUAUCGCAUACCAAAACCAAGUGGACAGUCAGCUGACACUAAACAGAGUAAGAAGCCACUGGGCCCACAUUGGGAAGUAACAGCUGCCACUCCACCACCACCUAUCCACGGAGAUGUAAAACUAAUCAGCUUACAGGAGUCUCUUCUUCUUCAGAAAGAGCAGGCAGCAAAAUUAAAGGAUAUUCAAGCUGAGCAUGCAGCUGAGAAACUGGCAAAUCACUUGGGCGUGACAAUGGGUGAUACAUUACCAGAUCCUUCCCUUCGCUUAAUGUAUCGUGAUUCAAACAGCAGUUCAGAAGAUGAAAUGGCCAACAGUGAGGGAGAACAAGAAGAUGAGGAACCAGAGAAAGAUGGUGCUGUUGUUUACAAUAUUGUUGACUGAAUUUCCAAACACAGUUCCAGAAGGAUUUCUUAUAUUAUAAUUUGGUGAAAUAUUAGAAGAAAGAUGGCUGUCUUUUCGGUUGUUGUGCUGUGCAGUCUGAAGUCUGCUGACGUUUCGGAGGUUCAUGCUGCCUCUGAUCAUCAGGGUGAUGUGU